GACACUUGCGCCGGACAGUGAAUUGACGUCUCAGCAAGCAGUGAGGCUGAAAUGAUGAGGAGCCCCUCUCUGUGUGGAUGGAGAGAGGAUGCAUUGUUCUACAGGAGAACCUGGUCUGGGUGUGAUAGCCCAGCUGUGUUGUCAGCCACGUUAAAUGAGCAGUGUUAAGGAAUUAAUACGGUAUGAAAUCACUGAGCAGCAGCACAUCUGUCAAACGGGUCUCGAAUGUUGUCCUUUCCUCUGAGCCUCAGACACCAUCCCAUCAAGCCAGGUGCUACUUCAAGGCUGCCCCCCUUGGCUUUUAAUAUUCCCCUGACGAUCUUGACGUCAACCUGUGAGAGAAGACUGCUUUUAUCUGUCUCCAGCUUGACUCAUAAUCCAAAGUCCCAGACCAAAGGAACAGUCUUUCAGCUAGAAAUAAAGACCUCCUCCCUUGCCUACCCUCCCCUGCUGCUAGCUAGCACCAGCAUGGCAGACAGUCGAGAGCCAGAGGAUGGUGCCCCUCAGUGGGACCCAUCAGGGGGACAGGAGCCCACUGGCACCCACGGCGCCAAUGGUUACUCUUCCUCAGCCUACAGGAGCUGCCAGCCUGGUGCGGCCCACAUGGCCACUGCCUCCUACUCUGCCAGAGAGAAUGGCUUCAAUGGGGAGCUAACUGGAGCUCACGCUAUAACUGCAGAGCAAGUGUCAGCACGGAUUGUGCAGGAAGUGACAGCAGAAGCAGUGGCGGUACUGAAGGGAGAACAGGAGUCUCAAAGGCUGCCAUCAGUUGAAGACACCACCAAUUUGCCUCCGUCUCCUCCACCCUCUCCUGCUGCAGAACACUUUGCUCCUCUGGAACAAGAUGUAGGGGAUGAGGAGGAGGCAGGCCCUCUCCGCCGCUUCCAAAAUUCUCGGGAGAGGUGCAAGUUCCUCGCCCCCUCCAUCUCAGUUUCCGUGCCCGAGGACGACCCCUACCACUCCGACGAGGAGUACUAUGAGCACCCAUUGUUCAGCCCAGAGUGGACGCACUCAGGCUCUCGCCCCACAGGGCAGGCUGUGGCUUUUAGACAGAUUGAAGAAGAGACCAUGGAGGCUCUUACAGCUGAAUACGAGGAGGAGGUGGAAGAGGAGGAGGAGAGUGCAGAGGCAGCAGAGUCCGAGGCAGCUCUUGAUGAGCAGCAGUGGAGUGGGGAAGAGCCUGAGCUGGACAGCCCCCAAGCUGAGCCCUUAGAGCAGGCAGAGGCCAUAGACGAGGCCCAGGACCUAGACCUGGAGCUGGCCGAAGCAGCUAGUGCUACUGCAGAAAGCUCUAAGGACAGAGAGGAGGAGGAAGCAGAGGGCGAGGAGAGCCCUGAGAGAGCUUUGAAGAUGGAGUCAGACAACCAGGCAAGUGGGUCCAUGAGCCCAGACAGCAUUGAAUCGGAGAAGCAGCCGGAGGAGAUUUUUGAACCCCAGAUUCAAGGGUUCUUUGCUGGUGAGCGAGUUGUACCAGAGAGCCCCACCAUGGAUGUGCCGUCCUUUGUACCUCCAAAUGUUCAAAACCAAGCCAAAGAGUCUGCCACAUCACUCACACUUCAGCCUACAUAUGGUGAGCCCAUCACAGUCUCAGAGAAACAGCCAUCAGUGGAGGUGGUGGAGUUCAGCAGCAUUGGCUCUCCUUCUGCGUUCUCGUCGAUGAAUGCCAAAAUUCAAGAAGGAGACUCGGUGAGAGAUGCUGGAGACAGAUCUGGCAUGUCAGCUUAUUUUGAAACAUCAGCCAUGGAGGUUGAUGAGACUCCUCACUGUAAGGGUGAGGGUUAUUACGAACUUAGCAGAGCUGGUGAAGAGAAGAGUACUGUUGAUUCCAGGUCACUCGGGUCACUGUCUGAAGCCCAGGAUAAAUCUGAACCUAAAAAAAGUACAGCUGAAGAAACUAGAGUGUUCACGGUUCCUGACAGGAGUAAUGAAUGCAAGCUUUCCCCAGGUAAACUGGCCUUAGAGCAGAGAAGUUACUCACUUAACAUCACCAUUGGAGCAAUGGAUCAGAGUGGCCAAGGUAAACCUAAGAAUUUCUCCCCAUUGGCAACAGACAUCAUGUCAUACACUAGUGGAAGUCUAGAUGAUUCAGCAGACUACCUCCCAGUCACUACACCUUCCAUGGAUAAGCCUCCAUCCUUCCCUCCCCUGAUCCUGGAGACUGCCGCUUCCAUCACUUCCGAUUCCUCAUCUCCUCCACUUGCAAAGGCCACUGAACCAGUUUCAAAACCCAGCCCUGAGCCAGAGUCGCCAGAGUCACCCCAGUCCCCUAAGAGCAGCUAUAAAAAUGACACAGUGAUGGCGCAAGAUUUGCCGGAGAUGCUGGACCUUGCUAGCAGUCGUUCCAGACUGGCAUCAGAAAACACUGACCCAGAAAUUAACAGAAGAAAGUCAAUUCAAUCUGAUGUUUCUGCCUUCGCUGAUGACCCUAUGGCCAGCCUAGUGUCAGGGGAACGGAGUCCUGGAGCCAGAAAAAGUGACAGCCAGCUGGAAGAGAUGGGCUAUUGUGUGUUCAGUGAAUAUUCUGGGCCCAUGCCAUCCCCUGCAGAUGUGUUCAGCCCUACAGCUGCUUGUGUAAAGGGCUUCACCCCCUCUGUCCUUGAAGAGAAAGUGGCUGAGCAGGCAAGGAAAUUGGCAGUCAGAGACACAUCGAUGGAGGACGAGAGGCAGCCAUCAGGGCCUGUCGAAGUCACUGAAGAAAAAGGGCAGAACCACACAGAGAGAAAGGAUUCAGCAGAGGAAAAAGACGAGGAGACUGCAGAUGGUCAACUGAAUAAACCUGUGAGUGAGCAGGAGAAACCACCGGUUCAACCAAAUGAGUCCUUUGUGACACCAGUAGUCACUGUGACUCUAGAAGAAGGUGGGAGGUUAGUGAGUGACUCUGAACGACAAGCCAGUGGUGAAGGCUCAGCAUCAGAGACAGAGAUCGCUGACUAUGAGAGGCAGAUCCGCAAAUUAGAGAUGGAGGACAGACCUCUUAGUUUGGAGGAGGAAAGAGAACUGCAGGAGCUUCGAGAGAAAGUGAAGCUGGUCCACCAGGAGGCCUAUGAAGAAGUGGAUGCUGAAGAUGUGUACCAGCUGACUGGUGUGGCCAAGGACCGAAUUGCCAGGCCUGUCAAGACUUCACCUGCUUCAUCUGUGGAGAGCAACAUUGAUGAUGACAAACUUCUAUCCCCAGUGCUCUCACCUUCCAAACUUAAACAAAGAGAAAUUUAUGGCUCCCCAAAGAGAGCGGCAUCGCCAGUGUUAGGAAUAAACAAAGAGGAUAAAGAGAAGGCGGAGUUGGAAAGAAACAUUAGAGAAGAACAAGAGAAGGAAGCAGCUGAGAAGAAAAUGAAACAAGAGAAGGAAGCAGCUGAGAAGAAAAUGAAACAAGAGAAGGAAAGAGAAAGGAAAGAAAGAGAGGAAACUGAAAGAGUAGAAAAAGAGUUAAGAGAGAAGGAAGAGAGAGAAAAGAUUGAAAGGGAACUGAGAGAGAAGGAAGAGAAAGAAAAGAUUGAAAGGGAACUGAGAGAGAAGGAAGCGAGAGAAAAGGUGGCUGAGGUGGUAAUAAAAGAGGAAGAAGCCGAAAAGCCUGUGGAGACUGAGAAGGGUGAGGAAGCAGUGUCAGGAGCUGGGGCAGCAGUAAUAAAGGAGAUCCCAGAGACUCGUGGGGCUAUCGAAUCAGUGGUGACAGUGGAAGAUGAUUUUAUCACUGUGGUGCAGACCAUUGAUGAGGCAGAGGAGCCGGGACACAGCGUUCGUUUCUCAGCUCCACCUGAGCCUGAAGCCCUUUGUGUUGCUGCCCAGAAAGAUGAAGAGGAGGAAGAGGAGGAGUCUGUGGAGUUGGCCCAAGAGGCAGACAUGGAGGCUGCCAGUCUAGAGGAGGUGGGUGAGGUGGAUGUUUCUGAGACCGCUGCCUCCCCUGAGAAGGAAGCCAAACCCAUAGAAACAGAAGGACUGACAGAAAGCUACGAUCGAGAUGAAACCACGAUGGAUGACUCCAUUCUGGACAGCUCAUGGGUCGACACACAAGAUGAUGAUAGUGGUAUGGUAACAGAGCAGAUCGAGCCUUUCCCCAAGGUGCCCAGCCCUGUCAAAAAGCCUGGUGUGGUCAAACAGAAGAAGCCAGAGAAACAGGAGAAGCCAGCCAAACCAAAGGCCAAGGGAGGGCGGGCUAAAGGUCGAAUCUCCACACCAGAACGCAAACCUGCCUGCAGAGAGCCUGUCUACAUUCCCAGAGACGAAAUCAAGAAGAAAAAAGCUGUGAUAAAGAAGACUGAGAUUACCAAAAAAAUGGAGGCUCAGACUCAAUCCCCAUCCCAGAAGAGUGUGAUGAAAUCAGCGGUCCGCCAGGCCCGCCCCACCCAGCACCACUCCUGCCCCAGGAGGAGGCCCACAGAGGCCCUGCCAGACUGUCGUCAGCCUCUCAGCGUUGCAAGACAGUCUCGUGACAGAGCAUCGCAGGACGGAGGAUCACAAAGCCCAGACAAGAGGUCCUCUCUGCCGCGACACUCCUCUGUCCAUACUCGCCGUGGGCACCAUGACCAAGAGGAGAGCUCCACCUCCAUCACCAGCUCGGGCUCUACAGCUCCCCGCAGGCCCACAUCAUUUCGCACUGAGAUGAGGGCAGAGCAUAGGACAGGACGAGCCCCUAGUAUGACAGUUACAGAAUCAAUACGUUCCCAUUCGGCUCGCAGCGGCCACUCCACCCCACGCACACCUGGCUCCACAGGUAUCACCCCGGGGACCCCUCCCAGCUAUUCAUCAUCAUCGAGGACCCCUGGAACCCCUCGCUCCCUCAGCUUGAUCUCACAGGAGAGAAAGGUGGCCAUAGUCCGCACCCCACCAAAGUCUCCUGCAACCACAUCCAAGCAGCUUCGCAUUAUCAACCAGCCGCUGCCGGACUUCAAAAACAUCAAAUCCAAGAUCGGCUCCACGGAGAAUAUCAAGUACCAGCCUAAAGGAGGACAGGUGCAGAUACAGAACAAGAAGAUCAACUUGAGUCAUGUGACUUCCAAGUGCGGCUCACUGGACAACAUCCAUCAUCGGCCAGGGGGCGGUAACGUGCGUAUAGAGAGUGUGAAGUUGGACUUCAAAGACAAAGCCCAAGCCAAGGUGGGUUCCCUGGAUAAUGCGCACCACAUUCCUGGUGGAAGCAACAUCACGAUUGAGAGCCAUAGGCUGACAUUUCGCGACCACGCCAAGGCCCGAGUGGACCACGGAGCUGACAUCGUUAUCCAGUCACCAGGCCUGUCCGGCUCUGUGUCUCCCCACCAACAUCGGGGCAGCCACCUCUCCUCCUCCGGCAGUCUCAACAUUAUGGAUUCACCGCAAUUAGCAACCCUGGCUGAGGAUGUCACUGCCGCUCUGGCUAAACAGGGUUUGUAAACACUGGAUCUAUGAUUUGUCCUCUGCACCCCACAUAUCCUCUUCCCUGCCCCCCCACCCCUAAACUUUUCUGCUCACUCCUGGCACCCUGAGGCCAACCUCAGCAAAACCACAAUCUCUGAACAUCUCCACUCUCAACUUCAAGUAGAGACACAAGCUAAUGUACUUUGAUCCUAUUUAUUUCCUGUCUAUUUUAAACCCAGAUGUGUGUUAUUUCUGAUUCAUUUUGUUGGCCUCUCUCUCUCUUUGAAUGAUGGUGCAUAGAAAAUAAUUCAGUCUGAGCACAGGUCCCAGAUAAAAUUAACUACGUAACAACCAAGAAUUGGCUUGACUCACCCUUGAUCAGUGUUUAGAGGAAGCUGCCGUCUUUUUUUCUACAUUAAAUAAGAAGUAAUAUGGCCAGCACACCAUGCAGCACGUGUUGUUCUUGCUCAGUAAAUAUGCAUGGAUGCCAAACCCCCCUAACAAACCAAGCAUCUUUAUUGCAAGUCACUCUUAUCAUCCAAUAUAUUAUAUAUUAAACAAAUAUAUAUAUAUAUGAACAUGUAUAAAAAUACAGGUUCUUUAACAACUCCAUGUCCUUAAAACAUUUUAAAAGGAAGUUACAAUAUGGCUAUAAAAUAUAUCUGUAAAAUUGCAUUAUUGCAGGAACUAGGUCAUGUAGACAAGCAUGUCUUGAUCCAAAUUUAAAAGAGGCUAUUUUGUAAUUUAAAAAAAUGAUUUUAGUAACUUAUUUCCUCAUUUAUUGGAUAACGAUUAAAUAAGUUCAUGUUUUGUAGUUAUUAGUUGUUUACAGUGUUAUGCUUGGUGACAGUGUCAGACAGCUGGUUUGGUCCUGUUGAAGAGAAUCCUACACUUGUACUUUUGCAGUAGUUCAAACACUGGAGUUUAUCCUACAAACAUCCACCUGAAAAAGGAGACAGCUACAGUUGUAUUGUCUUUACAGCUGCAGAAUGAACAGUACAGACGUGUCUCUGCUGACACAGGCUGAUGUUGCAGUCCUCACAGCUGUCUGUUGU